UGAUAGCCAGCUUGACCUUUCCCCCUGGAUUUGGACAGUUCAUGGCUGGAGAGGUCAGAGUUCAAAUACAAUUGUAUUUAUCUGUCACUAUGAACAUGCUCUGUAGAAGUCCCUGUUUAUUGGGACUUGAAAACAUGUUAGUAACACUUUAUAACACUUUUAUGAAUAAGCAUAAGUUAUUAUAAAGUGUUACCAAUAUUGUUUUGUUUGGCUAAAAUGCGACUGUUAUCUACUAUUCUCAAUCAUGAAAAACGUCCCUGCAGAGCAACAUUCAUAGGAUCAUCUAACAAGUACAACUAUUUACCAAAAUAUAUAAAUUGUGAAUUCUUUGCUUUCUCAUAACUCGAAAUACCCACUAGGCACAAACUGGUUGAAUCAACGUGGUUUCCACGUAAUUUCAACCCCAAAAAACUAUGUGAUGACGUUGAAUCAACGUGGAAAACGAAUCAACGCGGAAAACUGAUUGGAUUAUUUGAAAAAAGUCAUCAACGUAAGGGCAUUUCGUAUUUUUUGUCACCCAACUUUUAACUUAAAUCCAAUGACAUGGUGGCAUUUUUUGUUGAAUUCACGUUAGUUAACAACUCAACCAAAUGUAAAUCAAAACUAGACUUUGCACUCACGUCUGUGCCCAGUGGGCUGGCUGCCAGUACCAGUUAUAUUUCUGCUCUCAUGAGAAUUCUGGUACCCAGGCUAACCCUGGACUGAGUAAUCUAGAUGUUCAAUAUUAGCUGGAUAUUCAUUGAAGAAGCCUCUUUGCCCAGCCAUGCAGAAAUAGCCCUAGGUUAAUCAUGUGUUUUGUGACCCCUUAAAAUAGACUGCUUAGUUAGUGCGAAUGAGGUGUGUUUAAAGCAGCCAGAAACACCUGUGUGUGGUGGGAUCUUCACCUUCAAGCUACGGUGUUUAGCACCUUUUUAAGAUGGUACUUGUGCCCCAUUUCUACGGUGCUAAAAUGCAGAGGUGUUUCCAAAACUGACCAUUUUGCUCACAGUACAGUAUUUAUUUCAAAACCUCUCUUUUGGCAAUAUAUUGAAUAGGCCUAUGGGUUGACAUAUGUGAUGCACACAAAGCAAUCUUCAUCUGCAAUAUUUUGAUCAAGUUCUGACUACAGUACAGUUGGUUUUGUCAUAAUAUAACUCUAUAUUUAGAUACAUAUUAAACUAUUCAUUACACAUUUUGACACAAUUUAUCCCAAACUCUUUUUAACACUAUUUUUCAUUCAAUCUUUUAACACUAUUUUUUCAGUACCACUUUUUAACACAAUUUUUCAUUAACACUUUUUAACACCAUUUUUCCUUCACACCUUUUUAACACCCAUUUUUCAUUCACACUUUUUAACACCAUUUUUCAUUCACACUUUUUAACAGUAUUUGCAAUUACUUUUCCCUCUUCCUUUCCCUUCUUUCAUACCACCUCCAGCUGAUGCCCAGAGAAUGCAUCAACUCCCUGUUUGACAACUUCACCUGGACCAAAAUCUGGGGCUCCCCCCCUCCCCCCGGCCUGGGGCGCUCCUCUGCCUGGCUGCACCCCGACGUCAGCGUCUUCGUCAUCCUCCUCCUCUUCUUCGUCAUGAAGGUACCCUACCUCAUUCCCCCGCUCCCUCCUCUCUCUUUCUUUUCCACCCCGUAGCGUUUGUCGGUAUAGUCACACAUUGCACAUAGCGCCACUCAGUACAAUGACAGACUCCUGGUUGAUUCACUCAUCUCAGUAGAAGAAGAAUCUCCUGCAGAGAGACUGUAGUGGAGAUGCAAUCCUUAACGCUCCAUCAGUAUCACACUUUACAUAGUUGUCUAGAGAUUUCCACUGUGUACUAGAGGAUAAGGGUGUAAUACUGUGAGUGUUAGCAUCAGUAUGAUUAGCGUUUCCCAUUGAGAAGAAAUGGAUUUGUAUCUUGUCACAAUGGUAUUAUUGGAUUGGAGAAAUGUAAUCGAAAAGACUAGUCGGGAAUAUAGUCUAUUGUGUGAAAAAUGCCUUUCAAGUCCAGUCAAACCUCUAAGCUAUUGUGGAAGUACUAAGAUGCAUUAAUUCUGCUCAGUUACUAAUUGAAUUCCACCCAUGUCUCAGUUUUGGAUGUCUGCUGUUUCGACGACGAUGCCCAUCCCUUCUGGAGCCUUCAUGCCUGUGUUCAUACUCGGUAAACAGAAGCACAACAUUAUCAUGUUAUUAGUUGUGUCGUAUAUGAUGAGUGGUGGCAAUUAUUGCCGUCAACAAAGAGUUCGCUAUGCUGCAUCGUGUUAGAGGCUUUUAUUAAAAUCACGAAUUUACAGCAUAGAUACAGACUCGCGAUGUCCGGAGAACGGCUCCCAGAUUGCUAUGGCCGUUCUGCCGUCUCAUUGUUUAACCCCUAUUUAUAAACAAUGCAAAGGGAGGGGCUACUCCCUUCUUCUGGCCAAUCACCAGUCUCCCCUCGGGCGUCACCCUCCAAGCGGCACAUUUCAAAUAACAUCAUAAAACCUCCCCCCUCUGGCCUGAACAACCAACAUUCCAUUUCGUCAUGAAAAACAUUUAACAAAGGCAUAAUCUUCAGAUACGAUAGUUGUAAUAUGAACACAAAUUCCAUAUCAGUUUUUAAUAUUUCUUCUUUCAUGUAAAUUGACAGAGAGCGAUCCAGUGUAGGACUACAGAACAUGACCAUUGCAUAAAGCUUAAUGGGUAAUCAUGAAGUAGAGCAUUCUGGGUAGUUUUUAAUCAGUGUACCUUCAAGGAUUCGAUGUCGUAUAUAACCAAAGAGUGAAAAAUCACUAGUGAGCCACAGAGAUAGAUGGGUGCUUAUGAGAGUGGCAGAGGGGGGGUGGGGGGGGGGUGGGGGGGAUAAAUGUCAGAUAGCCAACAUGCUAUGUAGACAUUCCACCUCCCAUACCAUCGUCUUUUUUUCCCCAGGAGCCUCUUUCGGCCGACUGGUGGGGGAGAUCAUGGCUGCCCUCUUCCCCCACGGGAUUCUGUUUGAUGGAAUCUUGUAUCGCAUCAUCCCAGGAGGGUACGCAGUCAUUGGUCAGUCUCCCUUUCCACCUCCUCCUCUCCCUCUCUCAGUCAGUGCCUGCCUGUCAUCCCCCUUUGGUGUGAUGGCGAAAUGUCACUGUCUGUUCCCCCUCUCCUGUCCUCUGCUGUCUCAGUGACCCAUAAACCUAUAUGCUUCCAUUAAUCUUCUUCAUCUUCCCUCUCUUGCCCUACAAACCCCCCUCCCCUCCUCUUUUCCUCUGCUCCUUUCAUUCCACCCCCUUUUACCCUUUCUUCCUUCGCUAUUCCCACGUGCCGUUCUGUACAUUAAUCAUCCCCCUGAUUUUCAACCCUGGGUCCCUGAUAUAAUGUUUCUCUUCCUCACCCCUCAUCCGUUGUUUUUCACCCCAUGCCUCAUCCCUUCUUUCCCUCCUCCCAUCCCUCCUGUACUUGUUCACCGACUAUGAGUACUGUGUUGCCUCUUUCCAUGAAUCACUCCCAUCUUUUGCCCAUCCACCCAUCACUUCCCCCCUCUUUUAUAUCCCCCUCUCCUGUGGAUCAUCCAUCUACACAUCCCUUCCAAAUGCCUUCUUUCUCCCCUUUUCUCUUUCUACCCAUCCCUCUCUCCCUUCCUCUGUCUUUCAUUUCUCCCUCCGUCCCCCCUUUCCCUCCUCUCUCCCAGGAGCGGCGGCACUGACCGGGGCGGUGACCCACACGGUGUCCACAGCAGUGAUCUGCUUCGAGCUGACGGGCCAGAUCUCCCACAUCCUGCCAAUGAUGGUGGCGGUGAUCCUGGCCAACAUGGUGGCCCAGGGCCUGCAGCCCUCGCUCUAUGACUCCAUCAUCCAGAUCAAGAAACUGCCUUACCUCCCUGAGCUGGGCUUUGGACACAUCAGGUGUGCAAAGAGAACCUGCAACCAAGGUGACAUGUUGGCUCUAAGGGGGCCCAGUUGCAUUGAGGGUCCCAUGCUAAAACAAUAAGUUGUUUGAGUCAAUAUGGCCGCCUCAGCAUGCUUGAUUCCUCAACAUAGACACACCAGUAGUACACAAGUGUUGAGCAUGAAUUAAUGAUUGCCAUUUCCUUCUGACUUACAGCCAGUAUAACAUCUUUGUGGAGGACAUCAUGGUUAGGAAAGUGAAGUUUCUCUCGUUACAGUCCACCUGUAGGGAGUUGAUACACCUCCUGGAUUCCACUUCUCUCAAAACGAUACCACUAGUGGAUUCAACAGGUAAAAUUAAUGAGUUUUUCAUGAACGUGAGGAUACAUUUCAGUGUCUUCAUUUCCAUCAUGUGACUAUCUUCUCUGUAGAUUCUAUGAUCCUAUUGGGCUCCAUCGAGCGGUCAGAGCUCCAUGCUCUCUGUGAUUGGUGGCUCUCUGCAGAGAGGCGGGUCCUCAGGCAGGAACAGUGUUUACAGGAACAGAACCAGUAUGCCAAAGACAGCUGGGAAUCCUUUGCCUUUGUGGAUGAAGAUGAUGAAGAGAAUGGCGAUAAGGUUUGUCAGAGAGACCGAGGGUAAAUGUUCAUAAGGCAUCAAAAACACACUCUUAGAAAAUUAAUCAAAGUUUAUUGGUUGCGUACACAGAUAUGCAGAUGUUUUCGCAGGUACAGCGAAAAAGGGUUCUAAAAGGGUUGUUCUACAGGGACAGGGUUCUAAAUGGGUCUACAUGCAACUGUUUUCAUCCAAGAAGGUUCUUCGGAGGGUUCUAAAACGAUUCUUUGUUUGGUGACAACCUGGAACCAGAAAGUGUUCUUCUACAGGGACAAGCUGGAAAACGCUUACUGAAGCGCCUUGCGGCAAGGAACUUAUUGUAUUGUGUCAUUAUUUAAGCUGUCAAUGUGAUUAAUUUACAAUGACUGUUUUGUUAAAUUUCCCAGAGUACCCCAGUUCAGGAAGAGAGAAAUGGCCCCCUGCCAUCUCCUAAACCACAGGAGGCCUCGUCCAAUCACACAGCUCCUGGUGAGUUGAACCAUCUCUCUGGAACAAUACUUCUAUGGGUUCCUGGAAACAGAAUGUCACAUAUUAUUAUACAGCUUAUUGUAUAUUCAUAUUAUUAUACAGCUUUGAAUUAUUUAGUUAUCAAUCUCAACAUCAAGACACCUUUGUAGAAGACUUUGACCCUCAUCCAUAUUUUAUCAUCUGUCCUUUUCAGAAAAGGGCCAUCUUCAGUCUGUUAGGAGAACUCUACGGAAUAUCUUCACCUCCCGAGACAGACAGGCAGAGGGACAGUCACAGGUAGUCUAUAACUGUGUGUGUGCAGAGUGUCUGUGCCUGUGUCUGUGACUCUACGCUAGUGCUGAGCGAUUAACCAACAUUUUGGUAAUUUUUUGGUUUUAUUAAACAACUAAUUGACCAACGUCGGUUCAAUUAUUUGAAUUCCAUUUAGUUUUUUUCUGUGAGGUCAAUGCACAUUUUCUCUAGAGAUAAAUCAGAUCAAGCCCGAACUGUGCGAUGUAGAAGGGAGUUGUAGUUUCCAACAGGCCAAUAUUCUACUUAAUUUAGCGCAUAAAACAUGGCAGUUAACUACAAACAUAAUCCAUUGUGUAUCUACUUGUCCGGUCUGUGUGUCUGCGGAGAGGGAUAGAGAGCAGUAUCUCUACCUGAAAAUACAUGAUCUAAGUGAUUGGUAAUUUGUUUUCAGCGGUCAUAAAAGUAUGCCUUAUUUACUUUGAAGAACUACUAAAAUAGUGAUUUUGUCAGAUGGCAUAGGCAGCAGCUCUAUAAAGAUGAGAUGAUGACUUGGAAUGAAAUAAAGUCAUCAAAUAAUACAAAUGUAAUAUACACUGUGUACAAAACAUGCUCUUUCCAUGACAUAGACUGACCAGACAGGUUAAAUAAGUAUUUUUAAGCCUUGAGACAAUUGAGGCAUGGAUUGUGUACAGUAUGUGUGCCAUUCAAUGGGCAAGACAAAAGAUUUAAGUGCCUUUGAACGGGGUAUGGUAGCAGGUGCCAGACGCACCAGUUUGAGUGUGUCAAGAACUGCAACGCUGCUGGGUUUUUCACGCUCAACAGUUUUCCGUGUGUAUAAAGAAUGGUCCUUGAAAAAUAAAGGUAUACCCUGAUGAAGACAGCUUGUCUGUCGAACCGUUGGUUAUUAGGAUAUUAAAUUAUUGCAUCUGAGCUCCUAGAGUGUGCGGCUUUCCUUUUAGUUUUCAAGUGUUUUACGCUGUCAGCCAGCACCUCGCCUAAAUAGGUGUGCGUUUCUUUCGCCUUUAUAUAAAGAAUGGUCCACCACCCAAAGGACAUCCAGCCAACUUGACACAACUGUGGGAAGCAUUGGAGUCAACAUGGGCCAGCCUCUCUGUGGAACGCUUUUGACACCUUGUAGAGUCCAUACCCCGACAAAUUGAGGCUGUUGGAAAUAGGGGUGCUGAAGGUGCCGCACCACACCCUGAAAAAUCUGAAUCAAAACAAUUAUAAUAAUCAAAAUAUAAAAAAUGGAUUUAAAAAAAACAUUCACCAAAGUAGUGCACUGGGCCUUUACUAGUCCUAUAUUAGCGGACCGAUAUAGCCGUCUGUAGCACGGACAACAAAUUGUUUUCAGCAUCGAAUCGAAACCCAACCAACCUCAAAAAACACUAAUCGCUCAGCACUACUGUACGCACAACAAUGUCUUCCCUAACGAUCACUAAAGUAUUUCUGGAGCAGAGAAUUGAGCAGCAAAUAAAUUACUGGGAUAAUGAGCUGUUGAGAUGUAGAUAGCUUCUAUCCUUGGCGGUUCGAUUGAAAACCAUAUUUCAAAUGUAAAAUAUAAAUAUUAGCCAUUCUAUUUGCGUGGGAUGAACCUCAUUACUGGGCUCUGCUCUCUAUGUACCCACUCCUUUAUCUAAUUGAGUGUGACUUGAAUUCACAUGAGUUGCAAAUGGAUAUUGUUCAGAGAGGCUCCAUAGUCAAACAUAUUCCCUCUGAGUUCUAUAUGUGUCACGCCCUGGCUCUGGGGACUCUUAUAUGUUGAGCCAGGGUGUGGAGUUUCUAUGUGUUAUUUUCUAUGUUGUGUUCUAGUUCGUGUUUUCUAUGUUGGCCAGGGUGGUUCCCAAUCAGAGGCAGCUGAUUCUCGUUGUCUCUGAUUGGGAACCAUACUUAGGCAGUCUUUUGGCACUCGUUUAUUGUGGGAUCUUGUUCCGGAAGGUUUGUGUAUUUAACCUAGGACUUCACGUAUCGUUUAUUGUUUUGGUUCGUUGUGUGUACACUAAUAAAAGUAUGUACGCAUAUCACGCUGCGCCUUGGUCCGCUUCAUCACGUGUCAACGAUUGUGACAAUAUGGAAAUCAGCAUAUGAAAUAUGGUUAUUAUUUGCCUGGUAUGGCUGGCUGGUUGGCUUUUCAUAUUACCAAUGUAUACUGCAAAUUAUGAAAAACAAUGUAUGUUAAUGAUACUCAAGGAUGUACUUGUAAGUACCAACCUACUGUAUCUCCCUAUUCAAUGUUGAUCAUAAUAUUUUGCCACUCAUCGUAGUUUUACAGUUUUCUACUGGAUAAGCCAGCCUUUGAUUUGAAUUGUACACCCAAAACUCAUGACUAUUUCAUUCUGAAAAGCCAAGUCCAUUCCUAUUUUAUACUCAAGGAUGUGCUUGUAAGUAUGGGAUUUGAAUUGGAUUCAUACUUUUCCUAGCUGCACAAAUGACUGUCCUAUCUCUCUUUUCAAUGUUGAUUUGUACAUUUUCCCACCAAGACCAUCGUUGUUGUAGAGUCUUCCACUGGCUAGCACAGCUUUGGGGUUGAAUUGUACACCCCAAACUCAUGACUAUUUCAUUCUGAUAAGCUAAGUUGUCAUUAUAUUUCACAUAAACACCUGGCUUAAAAAAUCAACAAGAGUACAUCGAUGAACAUGCAGCCCACACAAAAUGAUUCUUGACACUGCAUUCAGCCAAAUAGGGUACAUGAUUCUAUAUAUUUUGAAGAGACAAAUAUGAGUAAUUGGUUUCAAGAACAGCGGCAAUCAGCUAAGUUAUGGGAAGCAGAAGUGAAGAGACUGUCAUCACCUCUCCUUGAAACGCUUCAAAGAAAAUGGGGGCAACUAAAAAUGUGUGCAUGACGUUACUCAGGAAGUGUCUUGUCUUACCCCCCUCUAUUUUCUCGCUAUCUCAUCAGGAAUCUUGCGCCAACCCUCCCCUGUCUGAUACGAUGACACCAGAAGAGGUAACUGAUCUCAUUCAUGUCCAUUUAAGUGUAGUCCCAAGAACUGUACUUCUCCUGAUGCCAUACCAAAUUAUUAAAGUAGACUGCCUUGUACAUUUUCCUACACUUUUGUCCUUGUCAAAAGGGUCUGGGCUAAUGUUGAAAUCCAUAAGAGGGUUAAAAGGUGUCAACAACCCUAAAUCUCUUAUGGAGGCAGUUGACAUUGAAGGUUGCGUUUUAGAGUGUUUUUAGCCAAUUACAGUGUUGGUUGACCUUGUGUCUGGUUGGCUGGUGCAGAUCAAAGAAUGGGAGGAGGCCGAGAUGGACAAGCCAAUGGAAAUUGAUCAGAUCCGAAUAGAUCCCUCCCCUUUCCAGCUGGUAGAGAGGACAUCAUUACACAAGGUUGGUUGAAGUGCUGCCAAUUCAUACCAAUUUGGAGGUACAGUAUCUGACAUCAUGUCUAGACACACCUGAAAUACAACCGAUAGUAGAUUUGCUCAGAACAGAAGCCAUACCAAAAUGUUGAGGCCUAAUUUGACGUCUGACCUUUUCUGCCUGUCCCAGACCCACACUCUCUUCUCAUUACUGGGCCUGAGUCAUGCCUAUGUCACCAGUAUCGGAAAACUGGUGGGUGUUGUGGCACUUAAAGAGGUAAGAAAAUGUAAUUGUCUCUUUUAUAUCUCUCUCUCUCUCUCUCUCUCUCUUUCUCUCUCUAUUUCUAUUUUACAGGAUUUAAUUAUCUUAUGCUUGUGACAAUCUGAGAAUUUAGUAAGGGUUGAGUCAUAUUGCCUUAUGAGUCUACUCAUCAUGCUAUUUUCAUGUAAUUCAACGUUGUGUUCUUCUAAUGUGUUCUUCUUUCCCUGUCCCCACUACCACAUUCUCUCCCAGCUCCAAAAGGCCAUUGAGGGCUCAACCCGUAGCGGGGUCCGGCUACGUCCCCCUCUGGCCAGCUUCCGCAACAUCAGCCGAAAGUCAUCCAAACACCAGGCAACCUCAGCCCCCUCCUCCCCUCUCUCCCCCGCUCCCGUCGUCCCCAGCGCCCCUGCCCCGCCACCUCCCACGACACAGGAGGAGGAGGAGAUGGAGGUGUGGAUCGAGGGCACGAAGCGGGAGGUGGUGGAGGUGAACAGCAGUGGUAGCAGCAGCGGAACGGGCAGCAGCAGCAGUAGCAACAGUAGCCCCUCGCUACCCCACUCCUUGCCCCUCUCCAUCCCCCUCACCUCGCCCCUCUCCAUGCCCCUCACCGUCGCCCUCUCCAUCCCCCUCGCCGCCUUCUCCACCCCCCUCACCACCCUCCGGCCUGUCGCAGAGCAGCAAGUGGAAGAGGAGAGUGAUGAGGAGCCCAUC